GGUUUUUGGCAGCGAUGGAGAGAUGCGCCACGGCGCCGCCGUCCGGGUACCUGGACAGCUUCAGCACAUUCGAGGCGCCGUUCCGGCCUGGUAUGCGAUACAUACCACAUGAUCUUGGCUAUGAAGCUCCCUAUCGACCGGGCAAGGCCGUGUCCUUCCCCGACGCCAAAGGUCGCGUAUCAAGCUUGGAUGAUGGAUUGGUCGCGCGCACUCCAACUCUGACGAUUCACGAUCGCUAAAUCGUUGCCAGGAGAUUUUGAUUGAGAUUCUUCGUCGAGUUUCUCUCUCCGAGUCGUCUGCAAGCUCGGCAACUUUGGUGGAGGCCUGGCAUCAAACGUGUUGAUCCUGGAAGUGGUUCUCUGAGUGAGAGGCCUUUCAAACCAAGCUUGCGUAUGGUACCUGGUCCCGAGGACAACAAGCUCGCGUUAUGGAAGUCGAGCAUACACAGUGUUGAUCACGUAGACGAGAGCCUUGGGGAUUCCAAGUGGAAGUCCUCGCGGCAUCGGCCCUCGAUAUUUUCCGAGUGGUAUCUUGAGGAGACUGCCAACCCCGAGUGGCGAUCCACCAGGAAGCCUGGAACGUAUUUACACCAGCCCGAGUGGAUUCCACCCUUCCGGGAGUACGAAGGCAAAGUUCCUCGUCGGUUCUAUUCGAUUGUUCCUGGUGAAGCAGCGAGAGCGGCAGCUGCAGCCGGUGCUGCCGCUGGAGCUGCCGGUGCUACGAGCAGAGGCGGCCCAGUUGGGAAAAGAAAAAGCAAAGUUUACAACCAGUUCGCAACGACUUUACACUACGACGAGAACAAGAGAUUUGUGGGAGGGAUCAAGAUCGUCCCGAGGCCUAAGAGUGAUACUCUGGGGCCUUUCGCGUCAGAGCAGACACCCAGGACAAAGAGGCAGUUUACCAGUCACAUUUGUCACACAGAUGGCGUUAGCAUUCUCAUGAAUCACAACCAGGAUAAGGACUACAACUCGUACAUAUUCCACUAGAGUACUCGCAAUCGU